GUGUCAUGCAAUACUAGGAUUAAAAGGCAGGACAUCAUUAUUGAUAUACACAGAUCAGAGGGAAUGGAAAUCACCCCAAGUUUGCUCUUCCUACAGAUUUUCUUGUUGUCAGCAGUAGCUUUAAUUCUGCCUCUGAGCCAAAGACGGCGACGCCGAAAUGGUUCCAGGCCACCUGGACCUCCAGGGUGGCCUGUCUUUGGCAACAUAUUUGAUCUAGGAACCAUCCCGCACCAAACCCUCUAUUUUCUGAGACCCAAGUAUGGACCCGUGAUUUGGUUAAAGCUCGGAUCUGUCAACACUCUGGUGAUACGGUCGGCUAAGGCAGCAACUGAGCUCUUCAAGAAUCAUGACCAGGUUUUCUGCGACCGAAGAUGUCCUGACUCAAUGACGGUACAUAAUUACAACCAGGGGGCGUUAGCAAUAGGCAGAUAUGGCUCCUACUGGCGCAUGAUCCGCCGCCUAUGCACGGCGGAGAUCAUGGUGAACAGAAGACUCAACGAGACGGUUUACCUCAGGCGGAAGUGCAUUGACAACAUGAUACAAAACAUAGAGAAGGAUGUAGAGAUUCGAGAUCCAAGAUCCAAGGAAGGGAGAGAGUUCUUUAACGCCAUGGGCAAGGUCGCUGAGUGGAGUGGGAAGCCAAACAUCUCUGACUUCUUUCCAGUCUUGAAAUGGUUGGAUCCUCAGGGAAUCAAGCGAAACAUGGAGCGGGAUUUGGGCAUUGCCAUGAAAAUAAUCUCCAAGUUUGUGAAGCAGCGGAUGGAGGAGAAGAAGCUCGGAGAAGAGAUGAAGACAAAAGACUUCCUAGAUGCUCUGUUGGAGUAUCAACGCGAAGGGAAAGAUGGUGCGGGUAAGCUAACAGAACAGAAUGUUUUCAUUUUAAUACUGGAAAUGUUUUUUGCUGGAUCAGAAACAAGCAACAGUAGCAUUGAAUGGGCAAUGGCAGAGCUUCUCCGCCAUCCAGAAUCAAUGAGAGAGGUUAAAGAAGAGCUGGAUCGAGUUAUCGGACCAAAUAGGAAGGUUGAAGAGAGUGACACAGAAAAUCUACCCUAUUUGCAAGCAGUGAUUAAGGAAACGCUAAGGCUACAUCCUGCAGUUCCUCUAAUGCUUCCUCGGAAUGCAAUGGAAGAGAGAAACUUUAUGGGGUAUGUCAUACCCAAAGAUACACAGAUUUGGGUGAACGCAUGGGCAAUUGGAAGAGAUCCAGAUGCUUGGGAGGAUCCCUUUUCGUUCAUACCUGAGAGAUUCUUAAGCUCCAAAAUUGACUACAAGGGGCAGAAUUUCGAGUUGCUCCCUUUUGGAUCAGGGAGACGAAUUUGUGUUGGCCUGCUACUAGCUCACAGGGUGAUUCAUUUGGCUCUGGCCAGCUUGCUACAUCAUUUUGAUUGGGAACUUCCUAUCAAUACAACUCCAAAGGAUUUGGACAUGAAUGAGAGGAUGGGGAUGGCAAUUCGAAAGCUAGUACCACGCACUGAGAGCAAUUCCCAAGAAGCAUGUAACAUAAGAAAGAUCAAAGAUGAUGACCGGCGACCGCAGUAUAAAGUCAUAUAGUCUACUGUGAAGAUACAUAUAUAUAUAUAUAUAUAUAUAUUGAUCAUGUAUUGAGAGGUUUCAUCUAGAUAUUCUUAGUUUGUAUUUGGAUUGUUGUGUAGUGCUAUGGUUGCGGUUUUUCUUAUGCUAUCUCAAAAAUUUUGUAUAAUUAUUUUGAAAAGUAUUUUAUUACUGUGUAAAAAAGCACAUUGGGAUAGCAACUAUGGUUUUAAUUUAUUGGAAUGUAACUCAUGUUAUGUCAAAAUGUGUUUCUUAUGUAUAGUUGAUUGACAUGUAUUAGGUGAAGAAUACGAUACUCUCUUCCAUGUGCCAUGCUUUUUUGGAAUAUCUUCCAUGUGCCAUGCUUUUUUGGAAUGGUUGGCAUAUAAUGUGUGAAAAUUGUGCAUGUGGGUUCAAUACAAGGUUUGCAUUUAA